GGAGUUUUAAUUCUCAAAGAAGCAACAAGAAUUGGAAAAUAUUUAAAAGCUGGUGAAAAAAAUAGAAAGAAAGACAUUAUUUCAGGUGUUAAAGGUCUUUUACAAAUAAAUAAACCUCAUUUUGAAGGUGUUGCAAGCAUUGAAGAUUCUGUUCGUUAUACUGGAAAAGACUAUAACAAAUGCUCAUUGCAUUAUAAAAAACCCAUUAAUCCAAAUGAUCCAAAAAGCAAAAUUAUGCACUGUCGAUGUGAUUAUUUUGAUCUAGACAAAUAUUGUGAAUGGUGCAAUGAAGGUUGUAAGAAAUAUAGAACUUGGGCAAAAUACAAUUCAGAAUCUGGACCUUUUGAAUUUGGAACUUAUAAGGCAAAAAAUAUUACAAAAACUAGAAAGAAUAAUAAUUCAAAUAAAACUCUUAAAGAUGAUUAUUUAGAAAAAGUUAUUCAAGAUAUCUUAGAUGGAAAGCUUACUAAAAAUCAAAUUCUUGUUAAAUAUGCAAAAAAAAACAAACAGUGGGUUAAAAACAAUCCAGGGUUUGUCGAAACUAUGUGUAAUGCUGUAAAAAAAGUAGAAAAUUUAAAUAAUAAUUAUGAAAGAUGUUGGAAAUCUUGCAAUAUUUAUGUUUUUGGUUAUCCUCGUACAGGAAAAUCAUAUUUUUUUCGUAUCCUAUUUCCCAAAGCAUAUGAGAAACCAAGCGAAGAUCCAAAGUGGUGGCCAAAUUUUAAUGGGCAAGAAGAAGUAAUUAUCAAUGAGAUAGAUGGAAAUUAUUUUAAAUGGAAAGAUUUAUUAAAUAUUUUAGAUCGUG